AUGGCAGGAAGGUUCAACUACCAGCAUUGCCAUAUUCAGGAAGUGCGAGAGGACGAAAUAUUUCAAAUCAGCUGGGUUGAGGAAACCGAUACAAUAGUAUCUCUGAUUGUCGACCUACCUCACAAACGUCUGACAACAUUUAUGGCCUUUUCAUAUGGUCACUGGAGCUUUCCAGAGCAAGCCCAUGGUAAUAAGCGGAGCGUGCAAGACCUAGAAAGAUGGCGGGGGUUGGCAACCCGGGAGGCAGGGUUGCCAAUGAAGCGGCAUAUCAUUCCUGAACAGGCAACUAUCGAUAGGAUCUUUGAAGGUCAAGGUGACUUAGAGGAUAUAGAUAACAAUGAUAUUACUCUGUAA